GCUCACUCACAGCCAGACAGAGACACAGAGGAACCCUCUUGUCAAGUUUCUCUCUGAUCCUGCAGAGCAUCAGCAUUUUAACAGAUUCAUUUCUCCAUUGUUUCCCUUCUACACUGGGCUCUCUCUGUUUUUCCUUUUUCCUCAGAUAACUGUGUCGAUGGCAGUCAUUCUUCUAAAUAUCUGAUUUUCAGGAACAAAAACUUGGCCUCGUCACUCCUCUCUGUAUUGCAGACGGGCGAGCGUGACGCAUGGACACUGACAGGGCGCACACCUCUUACUGAGAAACUUCAUUUUUGAGGCUGAAAGUUCAGAUUGUACAAGAGUUUUUCUUUUUCUUUUUGAUAUUUCAAUAUUUUUUUAAGGAUGCUCAUCUUAACUUGGAAUAGAUGCUGUGUUGUGAUGUUUCUCGUCGCUACACUGAAGACGGGGACAUCCCAGAUACCAGAGGCGCGCCCGAAGGCGAACUUAAUCAAACCAGCUCUAUCGGAAGAGACAACUACACCCGCUACAAACCGCACAGCCACUGUCCACGCCGGGAUCACCAAGAAAUAUAACAUCCUUGCGCAGGUGUAUCCAUGCAGCAACGACAAGGAGUGCAGCGUGGGAAGCUACUGCCACAGCCCUCAACAGGCUCCCUCUCGGUGCCUCACCUGCCGCAGGAGGAAGAAGCGCUGCCAUCGAGAUGCCAUGUGCUGUCCUGGGAACCGCUGCAGUAACUUUAUUUGUGUCCCUAUCUCUGAGAGCGUGCUCUCACCUCACAUCUCGGCUUUAGACGAGCAUAACAAACUCUCCACCAAAGACCACAGCUGGAGGAAGAGUGGGAAGGCACAUGCUAAGCAUUCUCUUAAAGGGCACGAAGGCGACCCUUGCCUGCGCUCCUCCGAUUGCUCGGAGGGCUACUGCUGCGCCCGCCAUUUCUGGACCAAAAUCUGCAAGCCGGUGUUGAGGCAGGGAGAGGUGUGCACCAAGCAGAGGAAGAAAGGCUCUCACGGCUUGGAAAUCUUCCAGCGCUGUGACUGUGCCAAGGGCCUUUCCUGCAAGGUGUGGAAAGACGCCACCUCCUCAUCCAAGUCCAGGCUCCACAUGUGCCAGAAGAUCUGAAGCGGGGGCAGCUGCUGUCGGCAUAUAGAGGCCUCCGUCUCCAUCUGCCAGGGAAAGAUUUUUAAAAGAUGGUUUGUGGCUGUAUUGAAAAGGAGUAAAAGACAAAGACUAACAAGAGACAGAGAAGACUGAGUGGGUCCAAGCUCGCUAUUCGGCGUGCAGAGAGUGAAUGGGAUUGCUUUUAUGUGUUUGCUGUGAGUGGUCCAUCCCUGCACCCACAUACAAACAUGCACCGUCACACACAUGCACACACACUUCAUGGUUUUGUGAGAUUAAGGAGCUGGUGUGUUUGCUCACAGACAAACUUUUUACGCGUUCUCAUGACAUUCAGGGAGCCACAAAGUUAGCCAGUAGAUGCUGUGAUAGACGUGGAACUUUUCUUAGAUGGAGGUAACAGACGUAGCAGUCUCUCAUCAGGCUUCAACUAAUAAUAAGACCGAUAGACUCUUUGCAGACAAGCCAUAUUUUUACUGCACUCUUUACCAAACUCCAGAGUCAAAGAUCUGUUGUGUGAUGUCCUUUGUUUCGUGGAUCACAGCAGCUCUAAGACUUUUUCUGGAUCAGCCAUAAUUUGUUACCUGUUCUCUCAAAUUUCAAUAUCUCACUCUUCUUGCUGUUUGUUUUAAGGAAUUCAGCUGUUGCUAUGCAAGACAUUCACGACCAGUAACAAUGUCCAGACCCACAAAAUACCAGUCAUAUCAUAUGAGGAACUAAUUGCAUACACUGUUCACUCCGGAGCUCGACUUGUGUAACAGCAUCCUGAGACUUCAGUGCGAAGCGUAAUACUCUUAAACCAAAGAAUGAAAGAAUAUUUACAUCAGAG